AGAUGGAGAGAGAGAAAGGUUAACUGUGGUUCACAACCAAGAGGGAGAGAAAGGGUUAACUUUGAUUCACAACAAACAGAAGAGAAAGGGUUUGAAUUAACUUUGGUUUGUAACAAACAGGAGAGAGGGGAGGGGGUUAAUUACUUAAGAUUGGGUUUGUAACGAACUGGAGAGAAAGGGUUAACUUUGGUUCAAAACAAAGGGGAAGAGAAAGGGUGGUUCACAACCAACAGGGACAAAAAUGAAAAGAGGGUCAAUAAAAGAGAUAGAGAACAGAGUUUGUGUG